AUGGCGGACUCCGACGAAGAAUAUGUGGGUGAUGUGACAGAAGACGAGGAUGAUCUUCAGGUUACUCGAGGAGACAACCCUCGAGCCAAAAAGAGAAAGCAGCGAGGAGGCGCAGAGUGGGAGCUCUCCAGAACCUGGGAGACACUCGUUGAAGGAGCCGAUGGCACCAUCAGUUCGACUGUCGAAGGGCUACUGGAGGCCAAUAAGCGCAAAAGGCUCUUGAAGGAUACGACACCACUCCAGCGCGGUAUCAUUCGACAUCUCAUCCUCAUUAUCGACCUUUCACAAUCCAUGUCCGAGAAAGACGUACGACCCACACGAUACUUGUUGACCCUCCGAUAUGCGCAGGAAUUCGUAAGGGAAUUCUUUGAACAAAAUCCCAUCUCCCAGCUCGGGGUCCUGGGCCUGAGAGAUGGUCUUGCCCUCCGGGUGAGUGACAUGAGUGGAAACCCAACGGAACAUCUUACGGCCAUUCAAGCUCUCAAAACGCAAGAUCCAAAGGGUCUCCCUAGUCUUCAGAAUGGACUGGAGAUGGCACGUGGUGCCCUUUUCCAUACCCCCAGUCACGGUACCCGGGAGGUUCUCAUAAUAUUCGGAUCCCUACUGUCUUCGGACCCCGGAGAUAUUCACCAAACGAUAGGGACUCUGAUCAGCGACAAGGUCCGGGUAAGGGUCGUUGGUCUUGCCGCGCAAGUCGCCAUCUGUCGGGAACUUUGUACCAAGACAAAUGGUGGCGAUGAAACGGCAUAUGGAGUCGCGCUGAACGAGCAACACUUUAGGGAGUUGAUGAUGGAUGUGACCACACCCCCAGCUGCCUAUUCCGAGAAGGAAUCCGCAAGCUCGUUGCUAAUGAUGGGAUUCCCAUCCCGGACCGUGGAGGCCACUCCCUCCCUCUGCGCGUGCCAUUCCAACCCCUCGCGAGGAGGCUAUCUUUGCUCCCGAUGCAACAGCAAAGUGUGUAAUCUUCCUGCCGAGUGCCCGUCAUGUGGCCUCACGCUGAUCCUGUCGACUCAUUUGGCGAGAUCGUAUCAUCACCUGUUCCCCUUGAUCAAUUGGGUCGAGGUGCCCUGGCGUCGCGCUUCUCGCAGCUCUGCUUGCUUUGCCUGUGGGAUUUCUUUCCCGCCCGUUCCGCCAGAGGAUCAAUGGCAAGUCGCAGAGAGCCAAACCAAGGGGAUGAGUGUAAGCAGUCGCUAUGAGUGUACUGCGUGCCAUAGCCACUUCUGCAUCGACUGUGAUCUCUUUGCCCAUGAGGUUGUUCACAACUGUCCGGGCUGCCAGAGCAAAAGUGCCGACCCCACGUCCUCUCUCCGCAUAUCCCCAACUUCAUACAACAUGGCCGACACACAACUCUUUGAGCGCAUCCAGGCCUAUGCCUUUGGAGCAGACCCGGAAUUUGCAAAUGGCCUCGCCUUCGUCCUCGGUCAUCCCGAAACCCCGGCCUCCGAGGCCGAGAUGAAUCGGGAUGAUGACCUCGUGCUGCACGCAAAGUGCUUCUUUUAUGCGCGAAAAGAGCAGCUCUCUUCCCCCGUUGACUUUGCCGCGUUCAAGUCUUGGUUGGGAAAAAAUACCACAGAGAGCGUGCAAACAUCAACCGAGUCACCCAACGCACCAGGCGACGGCAACGGCUCCAAUGCCGAGCCGGCGUACCCGUCCUCCUUUGCGCACAUCGUGGAGCUCAUCACGACAGGACAACCAAUUCCCGGCAUCCAAGAAAUUCCGGACACUGUGUUGACAGGCCAUGACCUCGCCAGCGAGAAACCCCGGCGACGGAAGCCCUGGGAGAAAGAUGAGGGGGAUAGUCCGGCGGAGACCGCAAGUGCUGCCCCGUAA